AUGGCACCAGAUCUAAACUCAGUACCUAUAUCUACAAGACCUCAGGAGGUUGUAGCAUCUCCACGUCUUACAUCUCGUACUCCUUCCCGACGCACUUCUCAAGCAAUGGCUUCCCCAAAUAAUCUGUCGACUUCCUCCUUAAAUAUUCUUCCUUCAAACCAAAGUGCUGUCACUGCAGCUUCACCUCCUUUGAUGUCGCCUUCCAAUAAUAUUUUGACAUCUGCAACUGGCACGAUUCCUUCAGGAGAUAAUACCGGUGUAGGAAUGGGACCUGGACCGUUAAGACACCCAAAGCCUUUGACGGCUGCCGAUUUACAUCUACAACUGGAGAAAGAACAAGAAGCUGUCGUAAAUCGAUUAACCCGCGAACUGAGUAUGCUUCGUGCUGCUCAAAAUGCCUCUGUCGUCUCAAAUGCCUCGUCCACUUCCGCAGGUCAUCCAGAUGGGUUAGAUAAUUCAAACCAUCUCCUAUCCGGACCCAAUCACCCCAUUCCUUCGCAUCGUCGCCAUCACCGCACAUCUUCCAGCACCUCUACUCGAAGCAUUACUGCCACAGCAGGUAGUAUCAGCACGACCAGUGGAAUCGCUGCCCCUGCCGCUCGACGCGUCGAUUCACUACCCCAAGCUAUCUCCCUCAGCCGCCAAAACUCCACAACUGGUGUUCACAGAUCCGGAGCCAGUAGUCCUGCACCAUUGAGCGGUAGUUAUGGACAUGCAGAUCAGUUCUCGCAUUUCUAUCACCAACAACGACCUAGUAUGCUACCACAUCGUGAUUAUUCAUCGGGCAAUGUACCAACAAUGGGUAGUACUGCGGGUGAAGUUGGCAGUGCGACAAGCGUGCCAACAACAGCAAGAUAUGAGGAGGCAGCCCUUCAAAGACAGGAAUUAGAAAAUGUAAAGAGAGAGAAUGAGGCGUUAAAGAAGAGGAUUAGGGAGUUGGAGAGGACGAUAAGGGAUAGAAGACAGAGCGAUGAAAGUUUGAACAGACCAAGAAGUGAAAGUGUCAGUACGUCGGCUAGUGUGAGCAUUGGAAGAGGUAGGGAUAGCUUAAGGAGUAAGGAUGUGGAGGAAGAUGAGAGCGUUAGGGUUGGGGAGAGUGCUAGAAGUGGUGGCUUGAGAUGA